GGUCUGUUCCUGGUCUGUGGGAUCCUGACCGGAUGUUACUGCUGCUGCUGUCUCUGCUGCUGCUGCAACUGUUGCUGUGGGAAACUCAAGCCGAUGCCCACAGGCGAGGGGGCGGAGCCAGACUAUGUCUCGCCUGACGAUCUGGAGGAGGAGAUGCGCAACGAUCCUGACGCCGACCUUGAAACUCCGAUCGUUCAGCAGCCGACCAACGCCAGCGAGAAGACGCAGCUGAUCACCGACGGACACCGCAGAUACGGAGACACCUACACAUGAAGCUGACAGGAAACAGGAAACGCAUCACUGCUUUAAUGACCCACGUGAAACUGUCACUCGUUCUGCAGCUGGAUCAUAGAAACACCUUAAAUCAGCUCGCUGUAACUAACUGUAGGAACUAAAGUAGAAUUUCUAAACUGAAUAACUUGAUUUGAGGUUGAAGCAACAGUUUGACGUUCUCCUCUCAGUUUCAGAUGAUUAUUUAAUUCCCCCAAAUUAUACUUUUAGCAGACAAGAUAUAUAAAAUAAAUUAAGAUCCAUAAUAAACAGAAGUGUGUUUAACGGCGCUGCGCCUCAGACUGUUGCUUUAAUGAUCAAACUGCAGAUUAUAUUUUAUUAAACUAACGCUCUGAUUGUUGAUUCAAUGAGUGAUAAAGGAGAGGCGGAGCUUAAAACAGGCUGUUAGACUUUAAUAUUUUGUAAACUAUAAUCAUGAUCAUUAAUAUUUAUCUCCUGUGUUGAUGUAAAUAAUGUUUUACUUUGGAUGUUUCCUUUAUGAAGCUCGACGGCUGUAAAAACACUGUUUGGAAAAUAAAACCCGGUAACAACA